UACCCUCCCCUGUUCGAGGAGAAUCUCUCUCCUUUUUUUCUCUACCUUGCUCGAUUCAAUUUGGGGCAAAGUAGAUCGAUCCGUGGUGUGCGGUAUUCUGUUCUUAAUUCGGCGACGGAAUCCAUAAUCUCUGAAAUCCUGACUGUAUACCUCGUAAAAAUCAAAUCUUUGUGUUGAAUCUGGUAAUUUGGCUGUUGGAAUCCAUUUAGGACCAAUCGGAUGCCUGAAAUCUCGUGAAGGGUGCGGAGUGUGGUGACGGAGGGUGGCGUGAAGAUGGCUUCGGUGAGUUUCGAAGAGGGCUUUGAGAAGGACAUAGAGGCGCUACUUCGUGAACAGCAGAAGCAUCCUCACCUCCAUCAAAGCCGAGCUUCUUUCGAUCGAGAGAGGGAUCUCAAUGUCUGUCGCAGCGGAAGCGCUCCACCGACCGUUGAAGGAUCGAGGAAAGCCAUCGGGAGCUUGUUUGGCCGAUCCGAAGUUGUUGGAUUUGACGGACAGAACGCUACCGAUGAGUUAUUGGAGGAGGACAUGCGAUCGCAACUUGCUUACAUGUCUUACUACUACUCCAAUGAGAAUCUGAAUCCGCGACUACCUCCUCCUUUGCUGUCUAAGGAGGACUGGCGUGUGGCACAGAGGUUUGGUUUUGGCGGGUCUGGGUUAGGAGGGAUUGGUGAUCGGAGGGGUAGGAAGCUUUCAGUUGAGAGUGAUGGAAGUAGCCGCUCUCUUUUUUCCAUGCAACCCAGCCUUUCAGUGCAAGGUGAGAAGGGAUCCAUGGAACAUGGUGGCGAAUGGCUUGAGAAGGGCCGUGAUGGUCUUAUAGGUUUGCCAGAGAUUGGGCUGGGAUCAAGGAGGAAGAGUUUCGCAGAUGUUUUGCAGGAAGAUUUGAACCAUUCUAGUACCAGUGUAAUUGGAAAUAUUUCACGCCCUCCCAGUCAAAAUGCUUUUGACAAUUCUGCCAUUGGAUCUCUAGAAGGCAUUCGUUCUGGACGAACUUCACCAGGUCUUGCUAGGGUUCAAAGUCUUGGUUCUAAAGCGGCUCAGUCUUUUGCAUCUGCUGUAGAUCCUUCGCUAGCUAUAAGUAGAAACACAGAAUCUGUGAUGAUUGGCAGAUCAUCAAGCCCAUGUCUCCCUGCAGUUGGAAGUAGGGUUUUUGAUGUAGACUCAAAAAAGAUAUCCAAUGGCUUCGGUGGUGUUCCUACUCAAGUAUCGGAUUAUGUUGAUGUGGCAGCUGCUUUGGCUGGCCUGAAUCUGUCAAGCAAAAUAGGAGGUAGAGAAAAUGUUGUACUGAGCAAAUUUCAGCAUGGUUCUGAUCCCUAUAAUACUUCUUCCAUCCCUGGACUUGCAAAUAAUGAGUUCUCCAGGAACUCUGGUAUUCUUAAAGAUGAUAUAUCUACAAGGGCCACAAAUGAGCAAAUUGGUCUGCAGAAGUGUUUAUCUUCUAGCAAUUUAUCCAAGAAAGUGGCUCCUGUGCGAAAAUCGAGUUUUUCAGGAUCUAGCGGCCGUUAUCAACAAGAUUCUUUAAAUGCUAAUUUUCCUGAAAACAAUCCAAAUGCUUACCUACUCAAUCAUGGCCUCCCAUCUAUGCUGAAUAAUCACCUUGAUGCAGGUGCUGCUGCUGGUAUUGGAAGCCAAGAAGGAUCAGGCUACCCUGUAUCUGUUAUAGAUCCAUUAUAUGCACAAUACUUACAGGGAGCCUCUGGCUCUACCUCCCCUUAUUCUGGAAACAUGAAUGACCCUUCACUAGGAGGGAGUUUUCUAGGCUCCUCACUCAUGGAUUUAACUCCUUAUCAAAAAGCAUAUCUUGAAGCAUUGCUUGCACAACAGAAAUUGCAGUAUGGUGGGGCCUUAAGCAAAGAUAGUGGCUUGAGCAAUGGCUUCUAUGGAUCAUCUGGUUUAGGUUUAGGCAUGACAUAUCCAUCAAGUCCUUUAUCUACUAAUCUUCUUUCUUCUUUGGGUCCGGGAAGUCUACGGCCCAAUGAUCGAUUGUCGAGGUUACCCUCUAUGCUGCGAAGUGCAAUAGGGGUACCCAAGGGAUCUUGGAACUAUGAAAGUGGUAUCAUGGAGGAAAGUUUUGUAUCAACUUUACUGGAAGAAUUCAAGAACAAUAAAACAAGGUCAUUUGAACUCUCGGACAUUGUGGAUCAUGUAGUUGAAUUCAGUGCGGAUCAGUACGGAAGUCGUUUUAUCCAGCAAAAAUUAGAAACUGCCUCGGUUGAAGAGAAAAACAAGAUUUUUCCAGAGAUCCUUCCACAUGCUCGUGCUUUAAUGACCGAUGUUUUUGGUAAUUAUGUUAUACAAAAGUUCUUCGAACACGGUACAGAAAGCCAGAGAAAUCAGCUUGCAAGUCAGGUUAUUGGUCAUGUUUUGCCCCUCAGUCUUCAAAUGUAUGGUUGCAGAGUCAUUCAGAAGGCUUUGGAAGUUGUUGGCAUGGAACUUCAAACUCGAAUGGUAUCUGAGCUUGAUGGUUCAGUUAUGAAAUGUGUUCGAGAUCAGAAUGGCAACCACGUCAUUCAGAAGUGUAUUGAAUGUGUUCCUCAAGAAAGGAUUCAGUUUAUUAUAUCUUCCUUCUAUGGACAAGUUGUGGCACUCUCUACCCAUCCCUAUGGUUGCAGAGUUAUACAGAGAGUUCUGGAGCAUUGUAAUGAUGCACAGACAGAAAGCAUUAUGAUGGAUGAGAUCCUGCAGUCCGUUUGUAACUUGGCAGAAGAUCAAUAUGGAAAUUAUGUGGUUCAACAUGUCCUGCAACAUGGAAAACCAGCAGAACGGUCUGCUAUAAUCAGCAAGCUUUCUGGCCAAAUAGUAAAGAUGAGUCAGCAGAAAUUUGCUUCUAAUGUUAUUGAGAAAUGUCUGACGUAUGGUAAGCCUGAAGAACGUCUACUUCUAAUAAAAGAGAUGCUUGGUCCUAAUGAUGAGAAUGAGCCCUUGCAGGCAAUGAUGAAAGAUCAGUUUGCAAACUACGUUGUACAGAAAGUUUUGGAGACCUGUGAUGAUCAAAACCGUGAGCUUAUUCUCUCACGCAUCAAAGUCCACUUAAAUGCGCUGAAGAAGUACACCUAUGGGAAGCAUAUUGUUGCUCGAGUUGAGAAGUUGAUUGCUGCUGGAGAAAGGAGAAUGGGAAUGGCUCCAAGUUCCUGAUCAAGAAGAAAUGUGGAAAGAAUUUUGUACAGAUAAUCAACUAAGUCUACCAGCUUGCAGCAGCCCAAGUUUCUUUUCAGCACAAAUUGGGAAAUCAGAACUAGUAUAUUUGUACUAGGCUGUGUAAAUAAAUGGUAGGCAUAUGGUAAUAAAGUCUUUUUGUUUCCUCUAGUUCAUAUGUACAUUGCAAAUGAGGUGUAAUCAAAGUGACAAAUAUGUAGGGUAUAUGGCAAUUUUAGGAUGCUUGGCCUUAUAGAUUUUCUGAACUGUGUAAAGAUAGCAGAAUGUAACGGCAACAAGCUUGUAAAAAACAAGGUUGCAAUCUUUUGACUUAUUUUUUUAACAAUAUUAUCGAGUAAUUUCUGCUUUUC